AUGGCCGGAUCUGCCGACCCGGCGCCGACCCAGACGCCGUCGCCGUCCCCGGCCAAGCCGCCGCCCUCGCCUGCUUCGUCCAGCGCCAAGCGGACGAAGCGGUGCGUGCAGUCCAGGCUCUCCUUCGGGGCGGGCAAGUCGGCCGGCGCCGGCGCCGCCGGAGCAGCGUCUGUCCUUCCGGCGCCCGCGGCCGAGGAGGCGGCUGCGGGGAAGUCCCCGGAGAAGGGGAGGAGGAGGGGACGGUCCCGGAAAUCGGAGGCGGCGGGCAAGAAGCCAUCUUCAAACAAGGAGACCAAUGGGUUGGAUCAAGGUAGCACAGAUGAAGGGAUUUCUAUUGAUGAGAGCCCUCAGAAAAAGCAGCGGAAAGGUAGAAAUCAAGAUGCAGCACGGAAGGUUCCUAACAGAAAACGCUGCAAGGUAUUGGAAUCUACUGAUGGUCAUGGAAGCUACCAGCAACUGAAUAGCAGUCAAACUGAAGCAUCACCUGUAUCAAUUGAUAUAGAUUUGAACAGUGUGCCUUCGGAAGCACAGGAGGAUGCCAAUGAUGUAUUAGAGAAUGAAGAUAAGUCACAGGUGAUAGUUGACCUAAGGUCAGAGGCGAAAAUAGCUGCACAGGAAAUUCGGAUGUUAUCAUCUGGAAAGAAAAUCCAUCCAUUUUUUGCUUCCCGGAAAGUGAACAAAGGUGCUGAUCAAGAUGUUCUCAAUAUCGAGGAUACAGACUCCCUUUGUGCUACGGAGAGGGACCCGCCAUUCUGGCCUGUUCAUGUGUGCCAGUUGGAGACUAGCAUACCAAUUCACUGGAGUAGAUGGCUAAUUGUGGAGGGAUCUUUUCUUAAUACCAGAGCUGCUGAUACACUUGAAAACUCUGUCUCAUUCUGUGAGGGCUUUGUGAAACCUUUGACAAUAGAAUCUAAUUGCAAGAAGAUGUGUCCAAACCAGUUGGUCAAGCAGAAUGCUGCAGAUCAUACAGCUUCAGGAAUGGAUUUCUCUAGCUUUUCUAAUGAACAAAGUGGAAGCAAGUUCCCUUCUUUGAAUGUGAUCCAUUUGAAUGAUGAGAGUUUGUUGACAUCUGAUUCCAGUUGCCAUGCUUCUCUUUCUUAUACCAAAAACCCGGAAAGGAUACUGCAAGGAUUGCCAGAAGUUGGCCAGAAAGGCUGUCAGCCAUCUUAUUACCUCUGGAUUGACAAGUACCGGCCUGAAACUGCUGCUCAGGUUUGCGGAAAUGUUGAGCAUGUAAAAUUUCUCAGUGAAUGGCUCAAAGGGUGGGAUGAAAGAGGCCACAAGAAGAAACAAGUUGGUGCUGCUAAUGAGAGCAUCAAUGUCAGCUCUUGCCAAGAUGAAUCUGACACAGAUACAGAUUGUUCAGAAGAUGCUUCUGAUUAUGAAAAUGUGCUUUUAAUUACUGGACCAGUUGGGUGUGGAAAAUCAGCCGCAGUUUUUGCGUGUGCAAGAGAAGAAGGGUUCAAUGUAAUUGAGGUGAAUACAUCUGAUAUGAGAAAUGGGGCAUAUGUGAAGCAAAAGUUUGAGGAAGCAACUAAAUCACAUGGCCUUGAAAAAUGGUCACAAGAGGAGGACACCACUUCACCAAGAAUUGAUUCUUUAGAUCCUGAUAGGCCUGAAUGCAAACAAUCAGUGUCAGGCUCUACAGGAAAAGCAUCUAACAGCAAUGGGCAUAAAUCACCUGCGAAAUGCUACUUGACUUCUAAGCUGAGUGAUGAAGCCCCUAAACAAGUCAUUAACAAGACGCUUAUCCUAUUUGAGGAUGUGGAUACUGUCUUUGAUGAGGAUCGUGGGUUUAUUUCGACCAUACUUAAGAUCGCAGAGACUACAAAAUGGCCAAUUAUACUGACUAGCAACAAGAAGGAUCCAUCUUUGCCUAAUCUCUUGGAUCAGCUCAUUUUGGAUUUCAAAUAUCCAUCAGCUGGGGAGCUACUUUCCCAUGUUGGCAUGAUCUGUAAAUCUGAGGGAGUGGAUGUCGCUGCUCCUCAAUUGAAGUAUAUUAUCAAUGCUUGUUUAGGUGAUAUUAGGCGGACAACAAUGCUUUUGCAGUUUUGGUAUCAAGGCAGACAACAAUACACAGAAAGGUCAAACAAAUGCUUGUCUAGUCCUUUUUCACUUGACUUAGAUGCAGUACAUUCUACUGUGCCAAGAAUGUUACCUUGGGACUUCCCCUGUAAAUUAUCAGAAACAGUGUUCAUGGAGAUAGAAAAAACAAUCCUUUUAGCUGAAGAAAAGAAAAGGCAGAUGGAAGUAUCAGAGUUUGAAGCACUAGAGUUGCAAAUAAUAGCACCUCUGACCAAGGGCAGAAGUGCAGUUAAAACAAGAAAGAUAAAGAAAUCCAAGUUAAAGCAUGGCCACUCUACUGAAUGUAACAAUAUUUCACCGUGUAAGAAUGAUCUUGAUGAUUUUGAUGAUGACCCGGAUAUCUCUCUUCCGUCUGAUCAGCAAAGAAUAAGGAAAAAGAAGGGUGUACUGCUAUUAUCUGAGUCGGAUGAUGAUCAAGCUGAUGCACAUAUUGCUGAAGAUGCCAAAAUUACUGUUCCAGAAGGUGGUGUAUUCUCGGAACCUUUAGAAGUGCCCCUGCAUGGGCAAGGAAUCUCAAAUCAGUUUUGUUUCCCAAGCGAAUCAAGGGAGACUUUUGAAAUAACUAAUUCUUUCCAAAACCAGUUCGAAAGCAACUUGGUUGGGUCCAUUUCACAAAUAUGUGAUACUUUUAUGUCACAGGGUGUGUCGUGUGUGCCUGAGUCAUCCCUCAUAGCUGGUGGUGUAUCUGCAUCAGUUAGCAGCGAUGACCUUUUAUCAAGUAUGGUGUCCAAUGGUUUAUCUACCUUUAACAAUGACAGUGUUUGCACUUCGCCUAAAACGGCAGUAGAAGACACUGUCAAUGUGAGGAAUUUAAUGGCCGAAACGCACAAAUGCAUGGAAGAUGUGGUUGGUGAGACAUGUGAGGCCUAUGCCGAAUCAUUUGGCAGGAACGAACAAGCAAGUUGUUCGACUGCAGGGUAUCAACUUAUGGAUGAAUGUAGUCAAGCUGGAAGCAUUUGGCCGCUUUCUGGCAAAAAAACUAAUGACUGUUACAAGGUUGAAUGUGUACAAGAUACUUGGAACAGGCUGCGACGAUGUUCUGUACUUCCCCGUGAGACCAACCACAACAGAACUGUUCCUGGAACUUUGAAGCUUGCUUCCUGUGUGUCUGAUUUUAUAUCAGAAACAGAUCUUCUGCUUGCCCGUUGCUACCCUCUUAUCAAUGACAUUUUGGAUCCAUCUUCGACUCCAUGUGCUGAGCCUGGUGACUUGUCCUGGUACGACAAGCAGCUUGAGAUGGGAUCUGCCUAUUCCCAGCACGCUCUUUGCGUUUUCUCAAGGGACUCCCAGGAUAAGGAGGAUGGUUUAAUUGAUUUGUCACACGAGUUGUUGUUUGCCAGUACAUCUGCCACAUCUCUUGGUAAACUUAUUAGUUCAGGGAUCAGCAGUAGUGAUGGAUUUGGGAACAUUUCCCACAUGAAAAAUCCAACAAGCUGUAUUUCUAAGGGGAGGGAGCAACUUGGCCAUCUUACUGAAACGCUGAUUCCAGUAAUCCCUUCCAAGCUAUCUCUUUCACUGAGAGGACCUGCUUUUGUUGAUUAUUUAUCUUCGACGUGUCAGAUAUCGCAGUUAGAAAACUUGCGACUUUCUGAAAAUAAAGCUGGAAACAACCAGAGGAGGUGUCGUCGGUCAAGACAUUACUUGAGUUCUGCUGCGCUUUCACUGUCACCUGAAGGCGUUGAAUUGUUAGCACAAAGUGGCUGUUUUGGUGACAGACGCAAGGAUAUAGAGGAAACUAAUGCUUAGACUAGAUACAAGUGAAUAAUCUGGUUUCGAUGAGAAGCGGCAGCUUUUUUUGGCUAUAGCUUGAUUGUGGUUGACUGAGGCGACCCAUUUUUAUUUUCACAAUUCAGGAACUGUAGUAGCCCAAUGGUGAAGUUCUGCUCCAUAACGGGCGAAGCUGACAAAUCCAGGUAUUCCUGUAGAUGUAUAUGUAGUCAAUGUUGUCAUCCUAAUUUAUAGUUCACUGUAAGCAUCUGGCCGAUGUGAUUCUAACAGCAACAGACUUAUACAUGUCCAUCUGAAAAAUACUAGUGUCCACCACCCGAAAUAAAAGCCAUCAUUUUCAGCUUA